AGACGUGCGUAGUUUCACCCCGUGACCGCCACUCGGCGCUGCCGUCGCCAGAUUACGUUUUUCUCAGUUUCGUGCUGACAUGGCGUCCUGAGAGCGUCACAGGGAUCACGGCACAGGACGACAAAUACUCGCUGAAAACCCCGCAAAAUGAUACUGACAAGAUUUGUGUGCCCGAGUGAAACGUUCUGAUUAAUUUGCGCCGAGAAGAACCCAAAAGCCGUCGAAAUUCGCCCCAUUUGCCCGCCGAGUCCUGAAGCAGGAGCCGCCAUGAGUUCGUCACAACGCUUCUGUCUGCGGUGGAACAACCACCAGAGCAACCUGCUGUCCGUGUUCGAGCAGCUGCUGCAGGACGAGUCGUUCGUGGACGUGACCCUGGCCGUGGAGGGCCUGUACCUGAAGGCACACAAGAUGGUGCUGUCGGCGUGCAGCCCCUACUUCCAGACGCUGUUCGUCAACAACCCCGACAAGCACCCGAUCGUGUUUCUCAAGGACGUGCCCUACGCCGACAUGAGGUCGCUGCUCGAUUUUAUGUACAAAGGGGAAGUGUCCGUGGACCAGGAGCGGCUGACCGCCUUCCUCAAGGUGGCCGAGUCUCUGCGCAUCAAAGGCCUCACGGAGGUCAACGAGGAGAGCUGCAACCUGCCCAGGAUCACCUCCUCGCUACUCAACUCCGUACCUGGCAACCUGGCCGACGAGCGGCUUGAAAGACACCCCAGCCCUCACCACUUCAUGGGCCACAAAAGACCCUCCAGCUCACCAUCGCCCCUCCAGAACCUCCAGCACUUGCACACCAGACACAUGUCACCGUCUUACUCGGGGAAGCGCAAGCGAGGUAGAGUGCAAGAGUCAGUAGAGAAGGAAAGACACGGAGGAUCCGGAAGAUCAAGUCCAUCAAGCAGUGUCUCUGGUCAGCACGAUCUGUUGGUGUCUGGUCAAGAUUGCAUUUCUUCAUCACGAUCCCCUGACGACUCAUUUUCAAAGGACGUUGGUGGCAAAAGGAUUAAAGAUGAACUAGAACCAACUGCUGGACCCUCGAACCAAGACUCUGGACAGACUUAUGGCAACUCUCAGGACGCGGACGAAAGUGGCAGUGGCGUGAAUUUCGGUGCAGAAUCUAUGGACAUGAUCAAGGACGAUGCGGACAACGGCAUGGGAGACCCGAUGGUCCGAGAGUCGUGGUCACUCAAGAAGGAAGAAAUGGGUGGCGACCUGAUGGCCACGCCGCCCACGCCCAAACAGAACGUGCGUCGGCGCGCCCGCAGGAGGACGUCGAGCGCGCACGAGGCUGCCGAGCAGCUGACGGAGAUGUCGGUGCGAGGACUCAACCUAUUCCGGUACGCGUCCGUCUCCGAGGGCGUGUACAAGUGCAUAGAAUGUGAAAAGGCCAACAUGGUCAAGACUUUCAAAAACAAGUACAGCUUCCAGCGUCACGCCUUCCUCUACCACGAAGGCCACCAAAGGAAAGUGUUUCCGUGCCCGGUCUGCGGCAAGGAGUUCUCCAGGCCUGACAAGAUGAAGAACCACAUGAAAACUGUGCAUGACUGCUUCAUGCCCAAAGAUUGCAUAGUCCCGAUUGGCUUCUUCCUGCAGCCUUGAAUUAGCUCACACACAAGCCCCCCGAGAGCAAUCUAUAUUACACCCCCGCAUUAUAAUUUAUUCUCAAAGAAAUGAUUAUCACGGACGCUGUGCAACACUCGCGGCAGAGAGAGAUUUAUUUCUUUUGGUGGUGAGGCUCAAACAUUCUUAAAACAGCGUACAUGAUUGUGCGAAUGCGUUUGAUUUUUAAAUAUAUAAUUUCUAUCAUCUUGUUUUUUCUCAGUCCCUCGAACUAAAAGUGAUUGUUUUGGUUAGUCUGGCCCCAGUCACUAAGUGAAUGAACCACCAAUAAAUUGGAGAAAUUUCGUUUUGUGAUCAAGUAAUUUUUACACAGAGCAGGUCAGAGUUGCUCUCAAAAAUUAUAUAUAUAUUUUUACGAUUCGUGCGUAUUUGUUAGUUACCGCAAGGUUGGUCUGAAAUGGGGACAAAUAUUAUCGGAUUUAUGUAAUCUUUACAUUAGAGAUAAAUUUACUUGAAUUUAUCAUAAUUGUUCGAUGCACAUUUUGGACUCUGAUCGUUUUGGGUGCGCGAAAGAGAGAAAUGACAAAUAGCUUUUAUUUGCUUCCGUUCGAAUUUAAUUAUUGCUUCGUCAAACAAAGACUGUCCAGAAUGUGUUAGCAGCACAGGCGAAAAUUUAAUUUUUCUUUUAUAGAGUUUACUUGCGGAUGGAUGCUUCUUAUUGACUACUUGUAUUCAGGACAUUCCAGUUUUGUGUAAGCUAGGCUUAAAUAGAUGCAUACGUAGUAAUUAACGGAUUAAUUAGAUCAUAAAAUAAUAUGAGUUGUUGAUGAUGAGUGUUCAGUUUAGGGACGCACGCGAAUCAGAUGUCACUCUUGAAUAAAAUUCAUUUGCUUCAAGUAGGUGAAUGCAUAAAAGCAGUCCAACAAAAGAAAAUGCAUUCUGAAUGCAGUAAAAUUAUUUAGGUAGAUUGAAUCGACCCAAUCUAAAGUACGAAUGAUUUGGCAAUAUCAGAGAGGAAGAUCCAAAGAGCCAAAGAGUUUUUUGUAAUAAGUUUGUGUUAUCGUUGUGUGAAAUGAAGUUGUUUUUGGUGCAGGGAGUGAUAUAUAAUUUUUUUUUUCAAAUUACAUGUACAUCUUCGUGUGGAUAGCGACUACUAACAUACAAGUCUGUGACUUGUACAUAAUUAUCAGUGGGAUAAUCAGCGGCUAGUGUGUAGAGAAUAUUAAUUGAUACCCUUCUAAGAGAGAAAGAAAGGAAUUCCAUUUAUUUUAACAACCGGUCCUAGACCACUUUGCCUCAAUGCUGUAAUUAAAGGGAGAAAAUAAAAUCGCACGCACCAAUAAAUAAAAAAAGGAGAUGCAAAAUUUUAAGGGAAAAAAUAUAAUUAUUUAGUAUCAGCAGACACUGUAGAUACAUAGGUUUUGAUAGGCUUUAUUAUUGUUAUACUAAUGUGUGAUUGCAAGUAAAGAGAUGUGAUUGUUUUGCUAAAUUUUCUACAAAUAUGGGUAACAACAGAAUAUAAAAUCGAAGGGUUCAAAUUUAUUUACGAAUAUUUGGCGUCGGCAAAAUUUAAACCAAACAUAUUAUCCAAGCCCUCCAGAGUGCUAAUUUAGAGCUUUGGUGACGGGAAUAUUGUGAAUUGCUUAGAGUACAACUUGAAGAGAAACCUUAUGUGGAUUAAAUUUGCAUAACAAUAAUUACUAAUUGUCUAUCCAUGUUGCGUCUUGAUCAGAGUAUAAAAGAAACACGGCAAAGACCAACCACCUAACUGAGUCACCGACCGGCAACCCCUUGCGACGGGGUUGAUUGCACAAGCGAUUAUUUUAACAUUGCCCAGCGGUAUAUAUGUGUUCUACAGAUAUUGCAUAUUUUAUCGAGUUGAUGUUUGUAAUUAAAUGUUUAUCACGGAGGACUUUUUCAAACGCGCUAAACAACAAGAAGCAUAUUCUGUAUAACCACAGGCCUAUAAGUUGUUUCGAGACGGCCUCGCUAGGGACUUUAAGGAGGCGUUGAAAUUUUCACCGACACGGUCACAACAGCAAUAAAAAGAUUUUGUUAAAUAAUUAUUAUUGAAUAGGCAUUUUCCAUUUUCAUUAUUAUUUUCUUUGUGGAUAUUUUUUUUCAUGUUUUUAGUUGUUGAUUUUUUUUUAAUUUCUCGCCUCAUUGAUUUUAGUUCAGAAAUGUAUCCAGGCACAUAUAUUAUAUUUAAUAGAGACUAAAGUUAUUUACUGCAUUCAUCCCCGGAAAUUAUUAAAUAUUUUAUUUCUUCUUCCAAAAAUCAUAUCAAGAGAUGUGAUACCUUGACUGAUAAUCAAUAGUGGAGUUAGCAAAAAAAUUAUAAUAAUGACUUUUGAGCUCUGCAUUAAUACUCAUGUUAAUAUUUGAUACUAAACCAAGAAAUUUCCAAGCUCAAUUGUGCCUUUUGAUAUUCUAAUGCAAAAUUGCAGGUCUUCCUUGAUAUACCCUCAAAAAUUUCGAUUUGUAUUACCAAUUUUUAAACAAUAUAUUAUAUUACAUGGUAUAACGCAUGAGUUCUGUAACUCCUCAUAAUGAAUGAUAUGGCUGUUUGUCCACAGAAAAAAUAAUUCCAACAAAAUCGGAAUUUCAUUUAAUAAUGGACAAGUGGCCAAAAUGUUGUGUCUCAAUUUACUCCACAAAGAAAAAUCAUACGUGUAAAUCACACUUUAUUGAAUAUCUCUGUAUAAUGUAACAAAGAAUAAUUUUUUUAUUAAUAAAAAUGUUGGUUCCAUAA